AUGCAAGAUCUUAACGGAACGAUAGAAGAACUGGAGAAGGCAAGAAGGGAGCUGGACGAAAUGACCAAAACCAUGCUCAGUACAGAAGAAGGUAGAGACAUGUGGAAGAGACUGUUUGAAGAUUGCAACAAAAAACAGGGUCAACAAAUAGAGCGCUUGAGGCGAAAGUACAAAGAGCGAUUAGAGCGGCUGGCGUUGACGACAGCCGUGGAAAAAGUGAUACCUACAAGGAAUAUUCCUCGCGGGCAGUCCCCGAUGGAACUUUUGACGCCUCACGAGUUGAGUCAAACGACGGAUACGCGACUCCCAGCUACAACUGGUCGAGUGACAAUCCGGGACCCGAGUGACACCCUAGGUGACCCAGUCGUGGAGCAAACAGUGAGAAAGUUGAUAGAAACAGCUGGACGAUUGGUCGCUAAUAGGAAUGCGCCAGGAUCCGGGGUGUCUGCACCCUAUGGAACAACCGAUGAUGUGCGCAGAGUACAACUCUCCCAAGAGACGGUGACGAGUUAG